CAGAACCACCAUGAGCUGGAGCACAAGACUUUGGACUGAUCUUUCAGACUUUUGAAGUAACUCCCUUUGUAUGUACACAAUUCCUUUGCCUACACUUGUUGUAAAAGGAUCGAAUACUUCUGCUUCUACUGAGUAGGUGUAUCCAAAGCAAGCUCCUGCGUGCAUAGCCCAUGCGCCACCUACUGUAAGACGGAGCUGCCAGUGCAGAAAUGCUGCCAGCAUCUCCAUUCCAUCGCCAGGCUGGGACGGAAUAAAAGCGUGUUUGUGUGGUAGUGUUCCUUCUUAAAUAAAAAAAAAAGAGCCUCACAGCCAAGAACAAGCUGAAAUAGCAUCUUCAAAAAUGGAGCGCAAAAUAAUCAGAAGAGAAAAAGAAAAGGAAUAUGAAGGGAAACACAACAGCCUGGAAGAUACUGACCAAGGAAAGAGCUGCAAGUCCACAUUGAUGACCCUCAAUGUUGGUGGAUAUUUAUACAUCACUCAAAAACAAACACUGACCAAGUACCCAGACACUUUCCUGGAAGGUAUAGUAAAUGGAAAAAUCCUCUGCCCCUUUGAUGCUGAUGGCCAUUAUUUCAUUGACAGAGAUGGGCUCCUCUUUAGGCAUGUCCUAAACUUCCUACGAAAUGGAGAACUUCUAUUGCCUGAAGGUUUUCGAGAAAAUCAACUUCUUGCCCAAGAAGCAGAAUUCUUUCAGCUCAAGGGACUGGCGGAGGAAGUAAAAUCCAGGUGGGAGAAAGAACAGCUAACACCCAGAGAGACGACUUUCUUGGAAAUAACAGACAAUCAUGAUCGUUCACAAGGACUGAGAAUCUUCUGUAAUGCUCCUGAUUUUAUAUCAAAAAUAAAAUCUCGGAUUGUGCUGGUGUCAAAAAGCAGGCUGGAUGGAUUUCCGGAGGAGUUUUCAAUAUCAUCAAAUAUCAUUCAAUUUAAAUACUUCAUAAAGUCUGAAAAUGGCACUCGACUUGUACUAAAGGAAGACAACACCUUUGUCUGCACCCUGGAAACUCUGAAGUUUGAGGCGAUCAUGAUGGCUUUAAAGUGUGGAUUUAGACUGCUAACUAGCCUGGACUGCUCCAAAGGGUCAAUUGUUCACAGUGAUGCACUUCAUUUUAUCAAGUAAUUACCUGUCUCACGAACAAAGGCAACAUGCAUGCAGCUAGGAGCUUCAGAAAACCACAGCAUCAAAGGCAUCCCAAAUAACGUGCUCAGCUAGCUCUGUCCUACAGAGCCUGGCUACUAAUCAAGCACUGUGAGCUGACGGUAUGUAAAUUCUAUAGCUAAAGAUGUCUUCUCCGGUGGUCCUGCUGCUCAGACUCUUGCACCUAAAAUGAAAACAGUGGUCUUCUAUAUGUAAAUAAAGACUGAAUGCUUUUGCUAUUUGUUUAUUUUUCCUAAGCUGUCUUUCAGAGUGUCUUGGGAACUUGCACACACACUAAAAGCAUGUAAAUUAUCUAUGGUUCCUUAAAGAAAAUAGUAAUAAAAAUAUUUUGAGGGUUAGACAGUUUAAAAUGCUUUCUACGUAUGGUAAAAAUCUAAAAAGAAACUGAAUUGGUGAAAUUAAUCACUGAGAGCAAAACUGACCUACCUAAAACAGUGCCAGGAUGAGGCAAAAUGAGCCCAUUAAAAGGUUUCAAGGCUACUGACUUGAUUUUUAAGAGAAGACACCAAAAGCUUUAUUCACAAUUUUUGUAUUUCAUACAGGCAUUACAAAUGAAUGUUAUUCUGCUGAAAAUUCAGAGAUCGUUUGAUGACAAUAAAAAAUAAAACCACUGUUAGCUUCUUUGCUUGUACUAAUAAUUGUAACAAAAAGUUAUAUGUGUCACUUUAAAAACAAGUAAUACUAGAUGGUUUUGCAUAAUAUUAAGCAUUGAGGUAAUCAACUGUUAGGCCAUAGUAAUCUGGCUGGUCUUGCAAGUAACAAAAAUUAGCAAAUUCAUCUCUGUACACUGAGCUCCAAUACAGCAUGGGUACAUUAAUCUCAUCAUAUUAUACAGUAUUAGAAUAAUAAGGGAGCCUGUUUUCACAAGCACUCUAAGUAUCUAUUUUUAAGCUCAGAAUUCUAAAUGAACAGUAAACAAGAUUUACUAAUUCUUCUUUAACAACUAUUUUGAUGCAAAAUCUCAGACUCACUGAGAUGUGCUUAUUUUUUAAGAUUAUAUUCUAAUUUAAGUAUCUAAAGAACCUGUUUCACAUACGGCCACUUUUAUGAUCUAAUCUACAAACUGAACUUCUAAUGUGUGUGUAGCCUUUUCCCUUUCUCCUUCAAAGGAUAGCUAACUCAUUUCUAUGAACUCAUUUACUCCCUUAAAAAAAGCCAUUAUGCAUCUGAUUAUAUAAAAUAGUAUAUAUUGACAUAGAAAGAAAAGGAUUUUUCUUAGUAAAGAAAAAAAGCUGUUAAAGGCUGGGGGUGUGGCUCAAGUGAUAGGACACCUGUCUAAAAAUAAACAAUACUGCUAACUAAAUUAAAAUUUUAAUAAACUCCAAGAAUUUUGAAAAUCUUGGCUGACAUAUACAACCAAAUUGUGAUUAUUGACAAAAAUUUAGACUAAGUAAAGCUGAUAUUCAUUUCCAGAACUGUAAUUAAUAUGCCGUUGGAACAUCUAAGGUAAUGUAAAAGCUAGCUGUGAAAGAAAGCUUCAAUAAUCAUUUAAAUAGUUCCCUAAAGUUCCCAUAAGAAAAACAAUGAACUCCAUGUCAACUACACAAUUUUCUUUUAUGUGUACUAUAAAAAUCUUUUAAUUGAAAUAGUAAGUUCUCUAUUUUAAAUAGCUUACUCAAUUAGAAACUAAAGAACUAUGAAAAUACAAGAAAAAACAGUAAAAUUUAAAUGACUAGAAUUGAACUGUCUAUAUCUCUCUAGGGUAUGGACUGACUUUAGCUUGGCAUUUGGACUGCAGUAAUGAAAAAAAAAAAAAAAGAUAGCAAUUUAAUGUCAAAAUGAGAUAAUAAAAGUGCUCAAACAUAUCUUUUUUUGAGAAAUAUAGCUGAACAAGUUUUUACAAAAGAACUAUAAGUAAGGUUUCACAUCAAUUCAUAAGAAUUUAACUUUUAUAAUUAAGUUAUUACUGGUAGGAUCCACUGAAGAAAUGAGACUGAAUUAUAUGGACCAUCUCUAAAUGACUUAUACCUGGAUGCAGUUAAUCUCAGGCUUCUAAGGGAUAAGACUAUUUUAAGAUAACAAAAAUCUAAAGGAAGUUUGACUAGCUUGUUGGUUAUACUUGUAACUUCUUAUAUAUUACUUGUCCUUAGACUUAUAUAUUCAAGUGGUUGAAUAUGUGCUGUAAAUAUAUUGAGAAGAUCUUGUUCUUAAUUUUAGUGUUUUGUAAAAUCAUUUAGAAGUAUUUUCCCUUCAAGAAUCACACAAAAUAUUGUAAGAAUGAAGCUUUCAUAGUAUAUUCUUUGCAGUGACAGAGUCAUUUCUUUUUCAAACCUCUUCUGCUAAGUAAAUAUUGUCCUAAAGAACAAGUUACAGUAUCACUUUAUUUUCCUUUCUUUUUUCUCCAGAAAGGCAAUCAAAAGAAUGUCACUAUAGUUGCCAGGAACUAAACAUAUUUUCUUGUAUUUGGAAUUAGCCUAUGCAGGGAUGAAAACAUCAACUUUAAGUAAAACAAGAACAUAGUUUAUGGAUUUUACUAUACAUUUAAUGUAUAUGGGCAACAUGAACAACAAAUGAAACACUUUCCAAAUGAUACAAGAAAGAUGUUUUCUUAUUCCAGACUAAAGAUAAUGAUGUAUUGAAUAAACUUGUUUGGGUUAUUAUUUUUUUUAAAGAUUGCCUGUUUUCAAAUG